AUGUCUAUUCAAGAAUUGGAUUGGGAUGAAUCGAUCAUCAAGGAAUUACCAACUGAUCAAUGGCAAUCAACUGUCAAUGAAACUUUAGAUGGUAAACAAGUGACAACUGUAGACUAUAAGCUCACCACCAAUAAUAAUAAUAAUAAUAAUAAUAAUAAUAAUAAUAAUAAUAAUAAUAAUAAUAAUACGAUUGUUGGACCAAAGACAGCUACCAUCUCAUUCUCUCCCAACUCUCGAUCCUCCCAGUUUGGACGUGACUCUGUUUACCUUGGACCAAAUGCCAUCAAGAUGUCUGUUAAUGUCACUGGUUGGGAAUUCAAGUCGACUGAAUCCUAUCUACGGGUUCAUGAAUGUGAUGAUUACAAUACCGAUACAUUCACGUAUGACUAUACAAAUGCAACUUUGCAGUAUAUGAGAGUAAUCAAAGGUAAAGUCCAAUUCAAUGGUCGAUUCAUUGACUAUUCACUCGCUAAUCGUCAGUACACGUAUUCGAGAACACAAGUCCUAUCAAUUACACCAAAUAGUGAUAACAUCAUCUCUUUUGCAACUAUCGGUGUGACACUUGGUCAUUGUGACCAAUGUAUACUCGAUCCAGACUUUACACCAUUACAAAUCAGUAGCGGAGGUACUUGUAAAACAGUCAAUUGA